ACAACUGAUUCAUUGAAGUCUCUCCUACAAGUAAAAGUGAUUUAUCCUUUAUUUCUUUGUGCAGAAAUAUGGCAUUCCUUCUGUCCAACAGCAGUUAAGGUUGAGAAGUCUACAGUGGCUGGUCAAGAAAUAUGGCAUUCCAUCUGUCCAACAGCAGUUAAGGUUGAGAAGUCUACAGUGGCUGCUCAAGAGAGGGAUUCCAGCUGUCCAGCAACUCUUCAGGAUGACAGCUUACAGCAGGCACAGCUGAGCCACUCUUGCUUCUGUGACUCGGAGACUGAAAGACUAUCUGAUAGUGAAGUACAUCAAAAGAUCCACUCAAGCAAGCAGCAGUUUCAAUGCCACUUGUGCCCUCAAAGCUUCUCAUCGGCUUGUCAUCUCAGGCAACACAUUUACACCCAUACAGGCGAGCGACCAUACCCGUGUCCUUCGUGUGAUAAGGCCUUCUUGAAAAAAUGUGAUCUUACAAAACACCAACAUGUCCACACAGGCGAGCGACCAUUUAAGUGUGAUUACUGUCCUCAAGCGUUCCUGUGGAAGAACAAUCUUAAGGAACACCUGCGAACUCACACUGGUGAACGUCCAUUUCAGUGCUCCAUCUGCUCAAAAAGUUUCUCGCAGGCAUCCAACCUAUCAACUCACCUGCGUGACCACGCAGGGGAGCGACCGUACAGCUGCACUGUGUGCUCCAAGUCUUUUGUGCGCAAAAGUAACUUGAAAAGACACAUGAAAUCUCACAACGCCGAGUAGGUCACCAGCCACGUUAUGUGUGAAUUGCAUUAUAUGCGAGAAAGAAAGUCUGACGUAUACCAUUUUUUCCAAGCUGCGAAGAAAGCCCGCGAAAUACAAAAAGAAGCGCAAUCGGGCGCCACGAAAAUGCUGCCCUCAGCCUUGGUUUGAGCGAACGAAAUCAUCUGCGGCCGGGACUCUCUGGCUCCGUUGCAGUGGUAGGCCGAUAAGUCGGCAGUGGUUUCUUGGCCCGUUGCCAGCCAGUUGGCGUGCGUGAUGGUGCAAGUUGUAGUGAGCGCGGGCCAAGAAGCCACCGUUAACUUAUCGGCCUACUGCUGCAGCGGAGAUGGCGAGUUCCGGCCGCAGCUGAUUUCGUUCGCUCAAGCCACGGUCGAGGGCAGCAUUUUUGCGGCGCGCGAAUGCGCUAGUCACGUGGUUCUUUUUGUAUUUCGCGGGCUUCCUUUGCAGCUUGGAAAAAAUGGUGUUCGUGAGGCUUUCUUUAUCGCAAAUAUUGCAAUUGGGGUUUCUGAAGAUGCUCUCGAACUUUGCAAGCAGCAUUUCUUGCCUAAAGUCAGUAUUUAGCAGUUUAGGGAAAUAAUCCUAUUUAACAAAUUAGUUCAUUACCAAACAAAAAAUUGUCUGUAGUGCGCAAGGUGGCUGUCAGCAAUUUGCAACUGAUCUCACUCGCCUGCCUCUAAUAUUAUAUUUUUUAACCCUUGGCUACAUAUAGCUGGGACACCCUGUAUAUGCUGCAUGUUGUUCUGGUGGGUCUGACUGCCCCCAUGUGCUUUUAUAUGUGUAAUGGACGAGCUGUUGAGACUUUUCCUUGUAAGGAGAUACCAUUGCCUUAACUCUUUCUCUACCGUAGACGCGCUGCGCUUGUCCAUACAAACAUAGGGCAAACUGUUGAGAAUGAACUGCGAUUCUGUUGCUAACCUGGUUACUCAGGAAAAAUAUAAUUGGGAAGCGUGCAUGCUAGUAGAAAGCAUGUCUAAGAUGGCGAAAUGGGUCUUGCAAUGCAGUCAUGCAGGGAAGUUAGUCGCAAGCCCUUCUUACUUUCUCAAGCUUUCAUCGGAAUUUUAAGACAGUCUUGAGUAAGCGUGCCUUCCCUAUCCGGCUGUUCUUGCAAAAAUCUUUGUUGAAGUGGAAGUACCUUCAGAAAAGUUAUUUGCUUUGAAGGCAUUUUGUAAUAUUCUCUUUAAGCAGCUGACAGGGAAUACAGAUUUUUGUCAUUCCAGAAACUUUAUUGUAGCAGUGUUUGUGUGGCAGGGUGUGACUGUACAAGGUUUGUUAUAUCUGUUCUUUUUCUUUUUUUUGUUGAAUGCCAUUCGUAUAGUGCUGUAAAAUGUUUUUCUCAAAUAUGUGUGCGGUUUUCUUUCCCCUGAUGCCACAAUGUAAUGCCUAGCUGAUACAUCAUGUUCUAACGCCUUCUUAUUCUUGAUGAUCCAUUUUACCUGUUACAAUUUUUUUUAUUUCUCUACUUUUUUUUGUUGCUACUCUAUUGCCCCGAUACUGUUUCUUUUACUUGUUAUCAUCCAUCGAAAUCGUUUUUUCUGCAGCUGUUUACACUAGAGUUAUUUUGCACUGUAAUACCUUUCUGUUUACCAUGCACUUGCCGCAUUACUAAACCUUUAGUACAUAAUAAAUUCUGAGUAUGGUUUCCUGUAGAAUGUCACAAUAUGUGGCAUAUGGGUCGCAAUGUGCUUUGUAAUGCAGAACUUCCAGUGGACUUUGCAGAACGUUCCAGGAUAGCUUUUGGUUGAAGGGACAUUUGUUGCAAUAUAAUUUCAGUGCUCUGUAAUCAUUGUGUGCUAUUCGUACAAGUGUAUGCUUUGUAAAGUUAGAAGUGCCCAGCUUUCAAUAAUGCCAUCAAGAAGACUUGUACAUACAGCAGUGAUCUCCUCAGUAAUAUGUAAUAUUCAGCAAAUAUUAGGCAUCUCAAUAAGACACAUUGAUGUAUUUCAUAAACGCUGCCUAAUUGAAGAUUCUUGUGAAUAACAAAUGUUCAUGUGCAUAAAAAAGAUAUGCAUAUCACAGAGUACAGUACGGACCUUGUGCAUUGCAAACUUUCUUUUUUUUUUUUGUAUAUAUGCAGAACUUGUAUGUACAUGCCUUGUGAACAAGCUAAAGAGAAUGCUGUGCAUCAAUAAAAUAGAGCUGGUUUUUAAGCUUUCUCC